AUGUCCAAACAUCUCCUGGUCCGCUGUGCUCACUGGUGCAUAUCGUCUGUCUCCGUGUGUGUGCUGCACUGUCCUGGGACGCAGCAGGAGCCCGGAGUGUUAUUGCUGAAGGAGCUGUGUGUGUGCGGACCACCGGACAAUAGCAGCAGUGGGCGGGACGCAGAGGCAGCAGAGGCAGCAGACCGGAGAAAGAGGCGCAUCACUCGGCACAUUCGCACAUUUGUUUUGGCUAAACGACUCCGCUCUCCUCUUUCAGCACCAAUCACAGCAGCAUAA